CUCCUUCUCUCUCAUGCUCUGUGCUUCUCCUUGUUGAAGGCUUUGGCCCACAUAGUGGAGCUUAACAAUAUGUUUGGCCAGAUUCAGUCGCCUGGCUAUCCAGACUCUUAUCCAAGUGAUUCAGAGGUGACGUGGAAUAUCACUGUCCCAGAGGGAUUUCGGAUCAAGCUUUACUUCAUGCACUUCAACUUGGAAUCCUCUUACCUUUGUGAAUACGACUAUGUGAAGGUAGAAACUGAAGACCAGGUGCUGGCAACCUUCUGUGGCAGGGAGACCACAGACACAGAACAGACCCCUGGCCAGGAAGUGGUCCUCUCCCCUGGCUCCUUCAUGUCUAUCACUUUCCGCUCAGAUUUCUCCAAUGAGGAGCGAUUCACAGGCUUUGAUGCCCACUACAUGGCUGUGGAUGUGGACGAGUGCACGGAGCGGGAGGACGAGGAGCUGUCCUGCGACCACUACUGCCAUAACUACAUCGGCGGCUACUACUGCUCCUGCCGCUUCGGCUACAUCCUCCACACAGACAACAGGACAUGCCGAGUGGAGUGCAGUGACAACCUCUUCACGCAGAGGGCUGGCGUGAUCACCAGCCCCGACUUCCCCAGCCCUUACCCUAAGAGCUCCGAAUGCCUCUACACCAUUGAGCUGGAGGAGGGUUUCAUGAUCAGCCUGCAGUUUGAGGACAUUUUCGACAUUGAGGACCAUCCUGAGGUGUCCUGCCCCUAUGACUACAUCAAGAUUAAAACCGGUCCAAAAGUUCUGGGGCCCUUCUGUGGAGAGAAAGCCCCAGAACCCAUCAAUACCCAGAGCCACAGCGUCCAGAUCCUGUUCCGCAGUGACAACUCAGGCGAGAACCGGGGCUGGAGGCUGUUGUACAGGGCAACAGGGAAUGAGUGCCCCAAGCUGCAGCCUCCUGUCGAUGGGAAAAUCGAGCCCUUGCAAGCCAAGUACUUUUUCAAAGACCAGGUGCUCAUCAGCUGUGACACAGGCUACAAAGUGCUGAAGGAUAAUGUGGAGAUGGACACGUUCCAGAUCGAGUGUCUGAAGGAUGGGACAUGGAGUAACAAGAUUCCCACCUGUAAAAUUGUGGACUGUGGAGCCCCGGCAGAGCUGGAAAACGGGCUGGUCACAUUUUCCACCAGAAACAACCUUACCACAUACAAAUCUGAGAUCAGAUACUCCUGCCAGCAGCCCUACUACAAGAUGCUGCACAGUAUCACAGAUGUAUAUACGUGUUCUGCCCAAGGAGUCUGGAUGAAUGAAGUCCUGGGGAGAAGCCAGCCCACCUGCCUGCCAGUGUGUGGUCAGCCCUCCCGCUCCCUGCCAAACCUGGUCAAGCGGAUCAUCGGGGGCCGGAAUGCUGAGCCCGGCCUCUUCCCAUGGCAGGCCCUGAUCGUGGUGGAGGACACCUCAAGGGUGCCCAAUGACAAGUGGUUUGGGAGCGGGGCCUUGCUCUCUGAGUCCUGGAUCCUCACGGCAGCCCACGUGCUGCGCUCCCAGCGCCGAGACAACACGGUGACACCGGUCUCCAAGGAACACGUCACCGUCUACCUGGGCCUGCAUGACGUGCGGGACAAAUCGGGGGCUGUCAACAGCUCGGCCGCCCGAGUGGUGCUCCACCCGGACUUCGACAUCCAGAACUACAACCACGACAUCGCUCUGGUGCAGCUGCGGGAGCCCGUGCCCCUGGGGCCUCACAUCAUGCCCGUGUGCCUGCCGCAGCCCGAGCCCGAAGGCCCGGCACCCCACAUGCUGGGGCUGGUAGCUGGUUGGGGCAUCUCCAAUCCUAACGUGACGGUGGACGAGAUCAUCAGCAGUGGCACGCGGACCUUGUCAGACGUCCUGCAGUACGUCAAGUUACCCGUGGUGCCGCACGCCGAGUGCAAGACCAGCUACGAGUCCCGGUCAGGCAACUACAGCGUCACAGAGAACAUGUUCUGUGCCGGCUACUACGAGGGUGGCAAGGACACGUGCCUGGGGGACAGCGGCGGCGCCUUUGUCGUCCUCGACGACUCGAGCCAGCGCUGGGUGGCCCAAGGCCUGGUGUCCUGGGGGGGCCCCGAAGAAUGUGGCAGCAAGCAGGUGUAUGGGGUCUACACCAAGGUCUCCAACUACGUGGACUGGGUGUGGGAGCAGAUAGGCUCCCCGCGGGGCCUGGGGGAGCUCCAGGUGGAGCGGUGA